GAGGAAGUGAAAGUAAAAGUAAAAGUAAAAGAAAGACAUAAGCUUUUCAAGUAAAGGAGCUUCUCGUGUUCAACGUUCCAUUCUAUCUUCAACCCAAAAGCUUCGUCUUCAUCCUUCACAGGGAAGAUGGCCAACAUUUUGAAGUCCUAUGAUUCGUCGACUGGAGGAUUCUGUUUUGAGAACAGCCGCAGGAAUGCAGUAUUGGAGUCCAGUCUGUCAGAGUUUGGCUGCAAAGCUCCCAGUGCCAGAAAGACUGGGACCACCAUUGCUGGGAUUGUUUACAAGGAUGGCGUGGUCCUUGGAGCAGACACCAGGGCUACAGAUGACAUGGUGGUUGCCGACAAGAACUGCAUGAAGAUACACUACAUCGCUCCUAAGAUCUACUGCUGUGGUGCUGGCGUGGCUGCAGACGCAGAGAUCACCACACAGGUCAUGGCAUCCAACGUAGAGCUGCACGUUCUCAACACUGGCCGGCCCCCGCUCGUCGCCAUGGUAACUCGACAGCUGAAACAGAUGCUGUUCAGGUACCAGGGUCACGUCGGUUCUUCUCUGAUCGUCGGAGGAGUCGAUGUGAAUGGUGCUCACCUGUACAGUGUUUACCCACACGGCUCCUAUGACAAACUGCCCUUUGUCACCAUGGGCUCUGGAGCUGCAGCUGCUGUGUCUGUGUUUGAGGAUAGAUUCAAACCAAACAUGGAGCUGGAAAAGGCGAAGCAGCUGGUACGAGACGCCAUCACUGCAGGGAUUUUGUGUGACCUGGGCUCAGGCAGCAAUGUGGACUUGUGUGUUAUCACCGAGGCUGGAGUGGAGUACCUGCGAGGCUACGACACGCCCGCGAUGAAAGGCAAAAGAGAGGGACAGUACAGGUAUGAGCCCGGCACCACGGCUGUCCUGACUAAAACUGUGACCCCCUUCCAUCUGGAUGUGGUCGACGAAUCAGUUCAGAUCAUGAACACGGAAUGAAAUACAAGCUUCUCUUCAAUAUGUAGUAAUCCAUCAUCCAGUUGUGUACCUCUAAAGAAUCACUGAUGUAAAGAAAAGGUUAUGCAAUAAAGUUGAUGUUGAUUCAA